CUAAUUUUCACUAGUUUGACUCCCCUCGCUAUAGACACAGCAGUAAGCGCAACGGCAUGGCCGGUAAUUGGCUACCGCCGGCACAAAUCACGGAAAGUGGCCGACCUGUGAUACUCAGCGGUGAAGUUGAGUGCUAUAUCCUCUCAUUGGUUGACCUUCUAUCGGAAGAUAACCCCAGCUUCCCCCACCUCAGGUCCGGCCUUCUUAUCCUCACAACCCACCGCCUUAUCUGGCUCCCCGACUCUACCGUUCCUGCGUCCUUCGGCUCUGCCGUAUUUGUCCCCCUUGCAUCCAUCACACACAUCUUCCCUAUGAAAAAGUCCAUCAAGGCUAUGUUUGCUAGUCCUAGAAUCCGUUUUCAGGCUUCAGCCAGCCUGCAAGGACAAAUCGACGAGAGAGGGUCGAAAUCGAUGGCAAUAACUUUGAUAAUUCGAAGCAAGUCAGAUGUGGACUCGUUUUUGGAAAAGUUUUGGGAGGCAUGGAGAGGUAGGGGUUGGGAGGAAGCUGGAAAGUCCGGAUCGGAUGGUCCAAGUGCUUCUGGCUCAGGUUCCAGUACGGGCGGGGGGAGCAUGGCAGUAAAGAUGCCGGUGGUUGGUGUAGCUGGUAUACUGAGAAAAGAGCAAGAAAUGUGGGAAAGUACUGAUAAAAGCAUGCAAGAAGCUUUCCAGGAUUUGAACGCCCUCAUGAGUAAAGCUAGAGAGAUGGUGAUGCUAGCUGAGAAGAUGAGGAUGAGACUUCUUUCUAGCUCUAACAGUCAUGCAGGAUCAAAUGAUGAGGAAAUGGGUACAAAGGAAGAGAUUCAAGAUUGGUUACUUAGUGUUGGUAUUCUCUCCCCAGUUACCAAAGAGUCUGCUGGUGCCUUGUAUCAUCAACAAUUAUCACGACAGUUGGCAGAUUUCAUCAGGAUUCCCCUUGAAAGAGCAGGUGGAAUGAUUAAUCUCAUUGAUGCUUAUUGCCUUUUCAAUCGGGCCCGUGGAACAGAACUGAUAUCCCCUGAUGACUUGAUGCAUGCAUGUUCUUUGUGGGAGAAGUUCGAUGUCCCUGUGUUGCUGCGCAAGUUUGAGAGUGGUGUUAUGGUCAUCCAGAACAAGAGCCACAGUGACAACCAGAUAUUUGCUAGAAUUAAAUCUUUGGCGAGUGAGGACGAUGCUUUACGAGUUGGGAUCAGUGCUAGUGAUGCUGCAAUGAUCCUGGGAGUUGCUCCAGCUAUGGCCAAGGAACAUCUUCUUGCUGCUGAGGGACAAGGAUUGCUGUGCAGAGAUGUAAGCCCCGAUGGCUUUAGGUUCUUCAUAAAUCUAUUUCAAGACAUUGAUGCUGAUCAAAUAUACUUUGUGAAAGAUCAUGGAAUUUAUGCGAAAUGGAUCGCUUCUGCCUCAUGCCAAUGGUGAAACUGAUUAUUAUAUUGAUUCUUGGAAGGAUCAGUUGCUCAGCAACAAAGGCAGAGAAUAGAACUCCUUGCUCGAAAUAUGUUCUUGAUACUUGGGAGCGAGGUCAAGUAGCUCAUGUUGGCUGGCAUUUAAAGGGAUAAGAACAAUUAGGUUGUUGCGUGCAAAUUAGCAAGAUGAAACACUACACAAGAGAGGCGAGGACAAGGCCACAUCUAUUUGUAUAUUAUUGUAUGUUCCAAAUAGCUUUGCUGGGUAAACUGAGGCCUAGAUGUGGUCAAGGGUGGUCAUGGUCAGCCACUCAGCCUUGUCAGGGAUUGUAAAAGUGGGCCAUGUCAAGACGUAAAUUGUAUCCAUUUGGUAAAGAUUAUGACUAUUGGAAUGAUAAAUUAUGUAUGGGCUCUUAACGUCUUAC